UUGUCACCACAAGAGUAUUCAUCAAUAUCAGGAAGUAAAUAUUACCAAGUUCCUCUUUUCGGAAUCUUAAAUUUAGAAUCAAAUUCAAGACAUACAAUUGACAUCAAAACAGUUAAAGGAACAACAGGGAUCAGUGGUCUUUUAGCUGAUGGCGACCUCGUUGACUUAGUUCCUUCUUCCAUUUCUUCAUCUCCUUCUCACACCGAUGAAGAAGAUUUCGAAUUAUACACAAAUUCAGACCAAAACAAUCCAGACCCAAAUCCAAAACCAGAUCCAGAAGAACCAACAAAUAAUAAACCAGAUCCAGAACCAGAACCAGAAAAUGAAACUCCGGGACCAACAAAAGAUGUAAAACCAGUGAAUCCUGAAGUUAAAACACCAGAGCCAACAGAAAAACAACCAGAACCAGAAAAACCAGAAAUUAAAACACCAGAACAAACAGCAGAAAAAGAAAAUUCAAAAUCUCCUACACCAAGUCAAGAAGAAAUUGACCAACAACUGAAAGAUACUGAGCAUAAGAAAAAGGUUUAUAUUGGUGUUGGCGCAGGCUUGGGUGCAGCUGCAGUUGUAGCUGCUAUUGCUAUUGUUGCAGUUAUUGUUAUUAAAACACAUUCAAAAGGAUAUGAACGAAAGGUUGGUGAUGAAGAUGAAAAUAAUUACGACUUAUAA